AUGUUGCGAUUAAAGUCUUCAACUUUCGAUUCGCAAAUUCUAAGACUGACUCUCUAUCUUUUUGAUAAAUCUCACUCAACUCGCCUUGUAGUUGACAUAGUGAUUUUGAUGGGGAAUAAAUUAUUAGGUGUAGGAGUGAUGAUGUUGUUGGCUUUAACAGUCGAACGCUAUGUAAGCGUAUGCCAUCCAGGCCAACAUCCACGUCCCUUAUGUGGGCCCCCUCAUCUUGUAGUUACUCUAAUACCAAUGGUAACUUUCCUUGUUUACCUACCAAAUGUGUUCAGAGGAGAAAUAACAACUUGUCUCGUAUCAUUUGGUAGCUCAUUGAUUUAUCAAAAACGCGACAAUUCAACGUUUAUGCACUCAAUAUUCUACCAAAUUUACAAAGUUGCCCUAGAAGUUGUUUUCAAAGUAGCUCCAAUAAUACUUCUCGCUGGAUUUAAUUUACGGAUAAUGAUUGUGUAUAGAAAAUCAUGCGAAAGAAGACGGAGGAUGACUUUAUCUCGAACUAUGCAUAGUGGCGAUGAAGAUUUGAGAACAUUCUCAGAAGAACGACGUCUUAUUUUACUUUUGAGUAGUACGAGUAUUCUUUUUCUUGUUUGUGUCAGUCCAAUGGUUAUAUUGAAUGUUACUUUGAGUGACAGCAACUUGACUUUAUAUCCUUAUCAAGUGUUUCGAGCUUUGGCUAAUCUACUUGAAAUUAUUAAUUAUUCAAUAACGUUUUACAUUUAUUGUUUAUUUUCGGAAGACUUUCGUAAUACUCUUAUUCAAACACUCAAAUGGCCAUGGUGUAAAGCAGCACGAGAUAAACAUAAAUUAUCCACGAAGAGAUCUCUUAACCCUAGACCAACAAUCAUCGCAGCAUCAACAACAACUACUCUUGCAACUUCUAGACACGCAUCUCGCACAAGCGUGUGAAUCUAUUUUGACCAAUAAUAUGUAUUAAUAGAAAAAUUAAAAGGCUGUACGUCAAAAAAAUAAGUGAUUUUUUUGGAACGAAGUUCCUUAUGGGGCGUUGCGGAGGGAUACCCUAGCUGGCAAAAAACGUCUGUAACGU